AUGGCUCCAAUCGAUGUAGAUGUGCUCAUCAUCGGUGCCGGCAUGUCCGGCCUUGGUCUUGCGGUCCAACUUCUACGACACCGCUACAGUAACUCAUUUGAGCUGAUCGAGAAGUGUGAAGACGUUGGAGGGACGUGGCUGGUAAAUACAUAUCCAGGAUGCGGCUGUGAUGUAGCAAGCCACUUCUACUCAUACAGCUUCGCCUUGAACCCGGACUGGAGCCAAAAGUUCAGCAUGCGAAGCGAGAUCCAGGCCUACUUUCGCGGUGUCGCGGAGAAAUACAACAUCCUCCCUCAUAUCCGCUUCAAGUCGCAAGUUGAUGUUGCGCGCUGGAAUGAGAGCGAGCAGUACUGGGAAGUUACCGUCCGGAACUUGGCCACUAAGGAGACCUCCAUGCGCCGCGCAAAGGUUCUUGUAAGCGGUGUCGGCUCUCUCAGCGUGCCACGAAAGUGCCAGAUCCCCGGCGCGGACAGCUUCAAAGGACCGCUCUUCCACUCAGCAACAUGGGAUCGCAGUUUCGAUUGGAAAGGUAGGAACGUCGUUGUCAUCGGAAACGGCUGCUCAGCGACGCAAUUUGUGCCGAUCAUGGCGCCUGACACAAAACGCCUCACUCAAUUCGCACGCCAAGCUCACUAUCUCGCGGAGCGACCAAACCCGGUCUACGGUCCGCUCUUCAAGGCCCUCAUGCGCUACGUGCCGGGCGCGAUGCGAUUGUACCGUUUCAAGCUGUACGCGGACAUGGAGAAGGACUUUGCCGGCUUCGACACCGAGACUGGCCACAAGAUCCGUGACGCGCUCCGGGCGGAGAACGAGCGGUACGUGAAGAAGAUGGCACCGCAAAAGUACUGGGACGCGGUGACACCGAAGCACGAGAUCGGCUGUAAGCGCAAGGUGAUGGACACCGACUACCUCGCCACUCUGCAUCGAGAGAACGUGGAGCUCAUCCACGACGAUCCAGUAAAGGAGAUUACAGAAACCGGCGUCCGCACGCAAAGCGGCCGAGAAGUCACUGCCGACGCAAUCGUCCUCGCAACCGGCUUCGAAGUCUUCCGCAUGCUCUUCCCCAUGGAAAUCUACGGCAAAGACGGCCACAGUCUAAACGACUAUUGGGACAAAUACCACAAGGGCGCUGCCCAAGCCUACCUAGGCACCUGCGUCCCGGGCUUCCCUUCGUUCUUCACGCUCAUGGGUCCCAACACCGUCACCGGCCAUCUCUCCGUCAUCUACACAGUCGAAUGCCAGAUCAACUUUGUCCUGCGCCUGGUCGGACCAAUACUAAGAAGCAUGCACUCCCCACAUACCGGCCUCCUCUCAUCGAGCCAGGAGAUCGAAGCGGUGGAUGUCAAGGCCGAAGCGGCGACACGCGACAGUAACUGGAUGCAAGCGAAGCUGCAAAAACUCGUCUGGUCUUCUGGCUGCACGAGCUGGGCGCUUGAUCCGGAAACGGGCCUCAAUAUCGCCAUGUACCCGCAGUAUCAGUUCAUGUUCUGGUGGCGCAGCGUGUGGGUUCCCAGUAGAGACUUUUUGUACGAUGUUCUGGAUACACGGCAGGGAAAGCAUACGUACAAGAGUUUGGUUGUGGGUGGGUGGAAGGGGGUGCAGCAGUUUGUGAGUAUGGCGUUGCUCGUGGGCGUGUUGGCUGCGGGCGCGGUGGGCGUGAGGCGGGCAGGUGGGUUGGCGGAGACGAGGGGGGUGGUUGAGAGGGUAGUACGGAUGCUUGUUGAGCGGAGUCGGAGUCUUGUCAGGGCAUGA